UACAUUAUCGAUUAAUGGUUUAAGAGUUUUAGCAUCUGCAGCAAAGACUAUUCCAAAAGAUCAUGAUAUCAAAACUCGUGAAAUUAUUGAAUUUGAUUCAACAUUAUUGGGUUUGGUUGAUAUUUAUAAUCCUCCAAGAUUAGAAUCUUCAGGUGGUGUUAAGAAAUGUUCAUAUGUUGACUGGUGAUCAUCCAGGUACUGCUAGAACCAUUCCACAAGAUAUUGGUAUCUUACCGCAUAAUUUAUAUCACUAUUCUCAAGAUGUUGUUGACAGUAUGGACCAGGCUGUUGAAGUUUCUCGUGAUUACCCAGUUGUUAUCACCAAUUGAAAAUGCUAAGGAAGUUGAAAUGGAUGAUUUUCACGUUUAUCUGAUGCUGAUCCAAUUUUUGUUGUUGAAAUGGCCUCUACUGGUGAAGUUGCUACAUUUGGUCAUAACAAAUAUGAAGCUUACUUGAAAUCAUUGAUUUCUACUGGUUUUCAUUUACCAAAGAUAAACUGAAACUAUUACCUUCAAUUAGAGGUUUAAGUGAAUUAUGUUACAACUUAUUUGCCACUGCUGGUAUUGAUUUCAUCAAAGAACAUGCAUUUGGCCAAAUUUGGUUGAUUUGUACAUCAACUUACCAUCUUCUAACAGAUACCAUCGUACAGCUAACUAUGUUUCAAAAGGCCACAGAACUCGUCGUAUGGCUGUUGAUUAUGCUAUUCCAUUGGUCACCAAUGUUAAGAAUGAUAAAUUGUUGAGAUUUGGCUAGAAAC